AUGACUCUGGAAGCACUAGCAAUGCAGACAGAACCUGGUGCUGAGAGACCAUGCGUCCUCAAAGUCCUAGCAAUCCUGCAGGCAACCGCGUCCAGACUCCAGAGACCUCUUGAGAUCGCCACGGAUCCCAACUGCUCCUGUGCCACUGGUGGCUUCUGCGCCUGCGCCAGCUCCUGCAAAUGCACAGGCAAAUGUACCUCCCGCAAGAAGAGCUGCUGCUCCUGCUGCCCCAUGGGCUGUGCCACAUGUGCCCGGGGCUGCAUCUGCAAAGGGGCGUCAGACAAAUGCAGCUGCAGCUGCUGUGCCUGCUGUCGAGAGAGCCCUGCUCCCAGAUGCAAAUAG